AUGUCCGACAACAGCGCGAAGCGGGGCACUGGCGAGAAAUCCCCCAACGACCCCAGAAAACAGGCCGACUCUCGCAAGAGUGACCCAGAGAGCCAAAACCCUCCGUCUCUUGCCAAUCGCAUCCAGAAUUCCGCAGCGGGUCUGGCAAGGAGUGCUUUUAAUGCAGCUGGCUCAUCCGCAGGCGCAGCGCAGGUGUUGGGAAGCGGCAGCAAAGCCGGACCAUCGUCCUCGGCAUCGUCCUCCGCCCUAGCAGCAGCAGAACAGUACAGAGAGACCGCGACCCCUACUUCGUCGAAUCGAGCUUCGACCAAUCACCCUGCAGCGUCAUUCCGGUCAUCGUCGGCAGGUCAACAGGGUGCAUUCGAGCUCCCACCCCUCACCGAGGAUGAAUUCCAGCGCACAUACGACGAAAGCCAAGUACACAGCAGCAUUGACUUUCCUCCUUCAACAGAAACAGAAACAGACACAGGAAAAGGGAAAGGCAAAGCAAGCAAAACACUCUCUGACUUCUCAAAUAUCGAGCCCUCGUCCUCAUCCUCGGGUCUGAACAAUCUGAACACCGCUUGGCAAAACACCCUCCCCACGACCGCUACCCCUCUCCCAUCCGACGGCGAAGCAGUCGUCUCCCUCCUCUCAGAUGCGUCCUUCGACCCCGAGUUCCCCUCCACCGCCGAGGAGCCUUUUGAACCCAUCGAGACGGAGCUCCUCCCCCCACAACUCACUCCAUCGGAGAUCAAAAUGAUCGAGUCCUUCCGCCGCCACGCCGCGCUCGAGACCUCGACGCCGACGCCGGCUACAGAACCGUUGUCGCAGACACACAGACUCACGUCCUUCAGUCUCGUCCCGGACAUCGAGUCAGUCCUCGAUAGCGUGCCAGCUGCGCAGGCUACGGACGCCACGGCGCUGCGGGAUGCCGUUCUGAUGGGUCUACCGGGUGCAGCGGAGUGGAUCGCUGUCGAGGAGCGAUACCAUGAUGAAGUCUGGGGAUACCUGCGCCCGACACUGGAGGCGGCGGCGAAGGAAAUGGAGGAGCGUAAGGAGCAGGGCGCUCCCGUGGAGGACGGGCCUGCUGUUAGGCGAUUGAAGAUGAUUUUGAGGCAUAUGCAGACCUGA